AACUUGAAAAUACAUUCGACGCCUCCGGUAUUACAAUUAAAACUGACCUUUGGGUAACAGACAAUUAUGAAAUUUCGGACGUCCUUUUGGGUAGGGGCAAGUUUGGCGAGGUGAAAAUCUGUACAGAACGGCAAACAGGCCAAGAGUUUGCAGCCAAAUUUGUGAGUGUCCGUGGAAUGCAAGGUCGGAAAGAUAUCCGAAAUGAGAUAGAAAUAAUGAAAAGUCUUCGUCAUCCCAGACUUCUGCAAAUGUACGAUGCUUACGAACGAAGAGAUAAAUUUUGUCUCGUUUUAGAAUUGGUUUCUGGUGGAGAGCUAUUUGAACGUGUCAUCAAUGAAGAUUUCUAUUUGACGGAGAGAGCCUGUGUGAUUUUCCUCAGACAGAUCUGUGAAGGAGUUGAAUUCAUACAUUCGAAAAAUAUUUUACACCUGGAUAUGAAA